UGUCUCUGUGGGGGUAUCAAAGUGUCUGAGUUGCAGCCGCAGGAGGCUGGGGCUGGCCGGAGCUGCCAUCUCACACCACUGCGGGAGGCAGCGGGAGUGCCAGAGCCACACUGGGCCUUCCAGUGCCUUCCCGCGCUGAGGGGGUCUUGGGGACACAGCCCCGAGCUCGGCCCCCUUCUCCCCUCACGGGGGCCUAGCCUGUACCCUGUACAUGGCAGCUGUGGGCACUGUGGGACACACAUGCCCCAGGAGGAGUCAGAAGGUGGGGAUGGCGGAGACCUCCACUCAUGAGGCCCCCAGCCCCUGCCCCCUUCCUGGCUUUCUACACCUAGGCAUCUUAUCUCCCCACACCCGGGGCUCCUGGCUCUGAGAGCCAAUUCCUCCCUUAUCAGCAGCGGCGGCCUCUGGGCGCCACGUCGGGGUCCCGGGUCCUCUGUCUGCGCCUGUCUCCUCUCUGCGCCUGUCGGCUUGGGGCUCUCGCCACCCAGUGCCCACCCCCACCCCAUGAUCCCUUUCAUGCUCUCUUUCUCUCCAGCCUCCUUCCAGCGCCAAUCCUGGUUGCUAUGGAAACACUGCAGCGGGUACCAGGUGGUGGCUGGGGGCAGGGAGCCCGCACUGCCGCAGCCUGCGCCAUUUCCGAUGCCAGGCACCCUCGAGGCACAGUGGCUGGGGCUCACGGUGGGGGUGCUUGGCCUCUCCAGGCCUCACAGGCUUCUCCUGGGCUGAUGCGAGCUGGGGAGCAGGAGGGAUGGACGUGGGAGUGAGAAUGUCACAUGGAAGGCAGCUGGUGGCACGAUGGGGGACAGAGUGAAAGGCAGCAAGUCAAGGCACCCUGAUCUUGUUGUGGAAGUGGCCCAUCCCAAAAUAAUCCAUGAAUCUGGGGCACAAAUCCUGCGCCAUGCCAAUCUCCUGGUGGGGUCCCCCUCAGCCCUAGGUGACCAGACCACAGAGCGGCAGCUUUUGGAGGCCUCCAACCACUGGAACCAUGCCGUGUUUGUGGCUCGAGGGGCUCUGUGGGGCACUGAGGACAUCAGGAGAUUGGAUGCAGCUGGGGGCCUCCAGAGCCUGCGUGUCACCAUGGCCACACACCCUGAUGGCUUCCGGCUGGAGGGACCCCUGGCUGAAGCCCACAGCACCGGGUGUCGCACUGUGCUCUAUGAAGGCCCUGUCCGUGGGCUCUGUCCCUUUGCCCCCCGAAACUCCAACACCAUGGCGGCUGCUGCCCUGGCUGCCCCCAGCCUGGGCUUCGAUGGGGUGAUUGGGGUGCUUGUGGCUGAUCUCAGCCUCACGGACAUGCACGUGGUGGAUGUGGAGCUGAGCGGACCCCCGGGCCCCACGGGCCGAAGCUUUGCUGUGCACACCCACAGAGAGAACCCUGCAGAGCCAGGCGCGGUCACCGGCUCUGCCACCGUCACGGCCUUCUGGCGGAGCCUCCUGGCCUGCUGCCAGCUCCCCUCCAGGCCGGGGAUCCAUCUCUGCUGAGAAGCCUCCUCCCUCCGAGACGAGAUCAUCUGACUGGCCUCCCACCACCACCAUCCCAGUCCUGCCCUGCCCCACUUCCCCAGGAUCUCCCUUCUGACUCAGUAAAGAUCACAGGGGCCCGCCCC